AUGACUCCUUCAAGGUGCUCUUUGAAGCCGGCGUGGCAACAGGGCCUCACUGACGUGGACUCCUCCAGCCUGCAGGGUCCUUUUGCGUUCCUCAGGGCACCUGUGGGCGUGGUGCGGUUGCGGAACUCGGCCGCUGUGCCUCGUGCCGGCGAGGGAUCUCGGCCCGGGGCGGCCAAGGGCGCCGGCGGCGCGGAGCGCGGCUCGCAGGCGGCGCCCAGCCUGGGCAGAGCGCGCGUGGCCGCGGCCGCCAUCCUCAGCGCGGGCAACGUGCUCAACUACCUGGACAGGUACACCGUGGCAGGUGUUUUGCUAGACAUCCAGCAACAUUUUGGGGUCAGAGACAGCGGAGCUGGCUUGCUUCAGACAGUUUUCAUUUGCAGCUUCAUGGUGGCUGCCCCGAUUUUUGGCUAUCUUGGCGACCGUUUCAACAGGAAGAUCAUUCUCAGUUGCGGGAUUUUCUUCUGGUCAGCCGUCACCUUCUCCAGCUCCUUCAUCACAGAGCAGUAUUUCUGGCUGUUCGUCCUGUCGCGAGGCUUGGUCGGCAUCGGCGAAGCCAGCUACUCCACCAUCGCCCCCACCAUCAUCGGCGACCUCUUCACGAAAAACACCCGGACACUGAUGCUCUCGGUCUUCUAUUUCGCCAUCCCUCUGGGCAGUGGCUUAGGAUACAUCACUGGAUCAAGCGUUAAACAAGCAGCUGGCCACUGGCACUGGGCCCUGCGGGUCUCUCCCCUUUUAGGCAUGAUUACCGGGACUCUCAUCCUUAUAUUUGUUCCAGCUGCUAAAAGGGGGAACGCUGAGCAGCUGGGGGCCCAGCUGAAGGCGCGGACCUCGUGGCUGAGGGACAUGAGAGCCCUGAUCAGAAACCGCAGCUACGUGUUCUCCUCCCUGGCCACCUCGGCCGUCUCCUUCGCCACCGGGGCUUUGGGGAUGUGGAUCCCCUUGUACCUCCACCGGGCACAGGUGGUCCAGAAAACAGCCGAGACCUGCACGUCACAGCCCUGUGGGACCAAGGACAGCUUAAUCUUCGGAGCCAUCACAUGUUUCACCGGAUUCCUGGGCGUGAUUACCGGGGCCGGAGCGACCAAGUGGUGCCGGUUGAAAACGCAGCGUGCGGAUCCUUUGGUGUGCGCCGUCGGGAUGCUCGGUUCGGCCAUCUUCACCUGCCUGAUCUUCGUUGCGGCCAAAAGCAGCAUCGUGGGCGCUUACGUUUGCAUCUUUAUUGGUGAGACUCUCUUGUUUUCCAACUGGGCCAUCACAGCUGACAUACUCAUGUACGUGGUCAUUCCCACGCGCCGAGCAACCGCAGUGGCUUUGCAGAGCUUCACGUCACACCUUCUUGGAGACGCUGGCAGCCCCUACCUGAUUGGAUUCAUCUCCGAUGUGAUACAGCAGAGCACGAAGGAGUCCCCGCUCUGGGAAUUCCUCAGCUUGGGGUACGCGCUCAUGCUGUGUCCGUUCGUCGUGGUCCUGGGAGGGAUGUUUUUCCUGGCUACGGCCCUCUUCUUCCUGAGCGACCGCGCCAAAGCAGAGCAGCAUACCGAUUUGGAUCGCCUCACCCUUGGCAACUCCAGUAACUCGGAAGAUGCUGCCACAUGAGGUUUUUUGGGGGUCAACCAACUUAUGGUGCCUCCAGCCAUUGUGAAAGUCUAAGGCGCUGACGUUGGAAACGAUGAAGGACCCCGUGUUGUGGCGGAAGGCCUUGCCAGGAAAGAACCAGUGGUUCGCAGGAAGUCAGCAUCCCUCCCUCCGAGGCCAAGAGUUCGAGAUGAAGUCUGCGUUUGGUGGUCUGCAGAAGCAAGCCCUCCCUUCCAGAGGGACCCUUCUGUAUAUACCACGUCACACUCCGCCAACGUGACCGAACGCCGCUGCUUUUGUCGGCAACCCCAGAGACGCCAUCCCAGACGGAGCUGCGAAGAUUUGCCUCCUCUUUGCAGAACCCUGCUUCAGUUUUAUUAUCGUUGUUGUUAUCAUUAAUAUUAUUACUUACUUAAUCGCACCAUAGGAUAUUUCUUUCUGCAGAAAGCCGAGAAGGUUGGACUUGAGGGAUGAGAGUUUGCUUUCGAUAUUUAAGGGUGUCGUUUGCACUAGCAGUGUCCUGGUGGAACUACCUCGAACCCACCAGAGGGUUUGUGCUUGGACCAGCGUGGACGCAAAUUCAGUGCUUAAAUUUCCCCUGGGGAGGCCAGGAAUUUUAAGCAUUUUCAGGGGUGGGGAGAAGUGACACUAAAAAGCCGACCAAGACAACUUGAGUGGAUUAACUGCUUGCAGUCCUCCGGAGCAGAAAAAUCAGUGGCUAGACACUGCUGUUUUUCAAGGACGUCGCUUGUCUCAGUGCAAAAGAAGAUGGGUGCUGUUUGCUUUCUUGUUCAUCUCGGGGAAAGCCAAGGGGAACCGCCUCGAAUUCAGUUCUGUACUUUCAUCAGGCGCAGAAGUAUUUUGCUGCUAAUUCGAGGCGCUUGUUUUAGCAAAAGUGAUGUUAAUGUACCACCCUGAGCUCUCAAAUUGUGUCUCCCCCCCCCCCCCCCCGUUCAGGACAGAGCUGUGGCCCCUAUCCGCAAAAAGAGGGUGGCAGAACAGGCUGAAUUGCCAGCGAGAAAAAACGGGCUCCCGGUGGCCUGUGGCAACGCAGUCAAGGAGGCAGAAAGGAAGAAGAGGGAUGCUGGGCAUUCCCACCCAGCCGGCCCCCUCCAGCACAUGCGGGUUUUGACCAGCCCUCACCCGCGGCUCGUUCGUUGCAAGCAGCCAUUCCCGGAGAUGGGGCAGGUCUCCAAAGAGCAUCUUCCGCCCUUUCCAGUGGGCGGCGUAAGCAAGUGACGGCUGCUGCCUGUUCUUAGUGGCGGAAGGGGCUGGGAGCAGCACUCACCAUGCUCGGGCAUCUGCUGAAGCCCCGGAGUCCCGGCAGACCUCGCCCUGAACCCCCCACUGCUUUUUAAAGGCACAGGUUCCAGCUUGGGAGUUAGUCUCAUUUUGGGCCAGAGAAAACGGCCCGUUGCCCAGGGCUGCUUGAGCGCAGUCCAUCUCUGCGGUAGAAGGGAGACAUUUCUCUCCUCUUCUGCUCCGAGUUGCAUUGGCGCUACAGUUCCAGGGCAACUAAGCACACAAGAGACUCGAGUUAGCAAGAGUUCAGCCGGGUUGCCUGCAGUUAAAAGCGUGCAAAAGAACCUGUGAGCCAGUUUCUAGGCUACACCGAACUCUUUACCCAAGAGAACGGGGGAAAGGCCGCAUCCGGCGAGGCUGCAGGUGAGCGCAGGUAGAAAAGAUGGUCUGGCACCCUCGGCAACCUCUGCCUUUUCUGUCUAAACUUGCACAGAAACACUUUCUGAUUCGCAGGGAUGAAGAGACACGAGGAUGGACUGAAUUGCUAACAGGGUUAUGAAGAUUCGGUUGUCUGGUUCUGAAGUCCGGCUCCAGCAGAGCAUUAGAAAAGCGCACUCUCCGCUUAUAGAAUUAAAGAUUAAUUCAUAUUCAAGCAUCCUCUUGAAGCUAAUCUUGACACCCCCACCCCGUUCCCAGCUUUUCUAAGCCCCCGAUGAUGGGAUUUGUCAUUUGCUUUCUAAUUUUUGUAAAAAAAAAAAAGACACUUAAGAAUCACGUUAUCAACGUGAAAGGGACAGAAGUGUGACGUAUGUUUUUUCUUGUUAUACAAGGCAGGACUCAAAAUAGUUUUCUGAUUUUCUUUCAGAAGCAAAACAAAAACUAAAGAGACAACAGAUAGCUAUUUUAUUUUUUAAAGAGCUGUGACAUUGAUUAUGAGUCUCAGAAUAUAAGAUAAAGUCAAAUAGAUCUAUAAAUAUAUAAAAUAUAUAUACAUAAAUUGUUAUGUAAAUUAAGGAAUAAAAUGUAUUUAAACAGA